AUGGAGAGUCAACAAUGGAUGGCUUGUGCCAUCCUGGCAAUUGUGUUUAUUGGAAUAUUUGGAAAUAUUCUUUCAUUUGUCCUAUUCAGUCGACCACAUAUGCGAUCAUCUUCAGUAAAUGUGUUACUUUGUGCACUUUCAUUUUUUGACUGCUCACUUCUAAUUUUCUCGAUUCCGAUUUUUGUGGUCCCGAAUAUUGAUAUCUUGUGAGUUUGUUCUGUAAAUAUUGUUUAGUAUUCUUGUAAAAAAAAUUCAAUUUUUAAAUUACUUGUGGAAAUUUUUCUGAAUUGAAAGUGUGAACUGAAUUUUUUCCAGAGAAAGUGAGCAACAACACGUGCAAUAUAUGGCAUAUGUGCUGAAAUUAUUAUAUCCAACAAAUUUGAUGAUGCAAACUUGUUCUGUUUAUGUGAUGGUUAUGAUAACUUUGGAGAGAUGGAUUGCAGUUUGUCGUCCACUUCAAGUUCGAGUUUGGUGUACGCCCAAAAAAUCAAGAAAUGCAAUAUUAGUUAUAAUGAUAAGUGCAUUCGCUUAUAACUUCAUUCGAUUUUUUGAAUAUCGUUUUGAUUAUACUGAAGAAGGUGGUGCAGUAUAUGAAAUUUGGUUACGAGAUCCAGCCGAACAUCGUUGGUAUUAUGUGGGAUAUUAUACAAUCUUAUAUAUUGUGACACAUUUUUUGGUGCCAUUUACAGUAAUGGCUUUUGCAAAUGGUCAUGUUAUUGUUGCAAUGUGCAAAGUUAGCAAAACUCGACAAAUGUUAACUAGACAGCAGAGAAGAGAACAAAGUACUACAGUCAUGUUAUUGAUUGUCACUUUUAUUUUUGCUCUUUGCAACACACUUCCUUUUAUUUUAAAUGUCACCGAAAGUAUAUUUCCAAGCCUGUUUACAGAUGAAGUGAGUCAUUUUUAAUUUCUUUUUUCAAAACUCCGAAAACAAGUUCGCGUGUUUCAGAGUACAAGAAAUCUGGCAUACUGGCUGAAUGAUUUAUCAAAUCUUCUUGUGAUUCUCAAUUCAGCGACAACAUUUAUUGUGUACUUUAUUUUCUCCGAAAAGUACCGGCAGACAUUAAUUUUCAUUUUGAAGUGAGUUUUUUUCAGGGAAUUUAUAGUAUUCAAGAAAAAUAAUUGAAAAGGUCACGCAAAAUUUGCAAAUUCUGAGUAAAAAUUAAUUUGUUUGAUGAAGCGUGUUAGCAUCUUGCGUGACUUUUUUCCCCUGGGAUGAUUUUUUAGACUUCCUGUUUUUUAGUCGAGGGUUCAAUUUUAUUCUGAAAUUAAUAGUAAAACAAAAACUGGUCACGCAAAUGCUACAUAUUCUGAGUAAAUAACAAUUAAUUUUUUGAUGAGUGUGUAACUUCUUGCGUGACUUUUUAGGGAUGGUUAACAAUAAAAACGGAUAUGUUUAAUCAAGAAUUUACUUUCCAAGACAUAUCGCCAGGACUUUUAGACAUGCGAUUAAGAAAAAACUGGAAAUGACCUUGUGUGAAAUAUUUGGAAUGAUUCAAAAAAUGGAAGGUCGGCAUUCUUAAUCUGAAAAUUUCUCAAUUUUCAGAAAUGGUUGUUGUGCAACAAUCAGUGAUUACAACAACUAUACCGCAAUGUCGAGAACUGCGUCGAUGAGAAUAUCUUCUGAAACUGGAGGACAAAUUCAACGACAGGGUUCAAAAAUGAGCACAUGCAGGUAAGCCGAGAAAAAAAGUGAUUUUCAAAUUGUCUUUGCUAUCCAAUCCUUACAGAACCCCAAAACUUAUGCUUAGAGCAAAUAUGUCGGAGGUAAAAUAGGCAUGAAAUACAAAAAUGAAUCUAUUAAUUUCACAAACGGGAAAAUGUCGAAAACUAACAAGCAUGACUUCUAAUUGAAAAAAAAAUGUGUUCAAAUAAAAAUUAUGCACAUUUUCAGCCGCUCAUCAGAUGUCCUACUGAAACCGAUAUACAUGCAAAGGCGAGGCGACCGAUUCUUGUCGGAGUACAACGAGAGGACUUGCAAGUGAGAUUUCUUGAAAGUUUUAAAACCGGGAAAUAAUUCUGAAUUUGAAGUUGAAAUUUGAAAUAGAGAACUUCAAAGUAUCAAACAAAAAAUUUGGAAAAUCAAAUGGGGAAUUUUCUUUCAAUUUUUGAAAUAAAGUUGCCGAACAAAUUAUCUACAAUUUUCAGACACCUCGCGCCAUUCGACGAACUAAAACUACCAAAAUUGCCUGGCGAGAAGAAGAGUCGCAAGAAAUUGCACAAAAUGUCAGCUAUCGAACAUCGAACAAUGCCGGAAAUCACAAUAACGUUUAGCGAAGACUUGCCCGAUGCUUAA